AUGAGCAUUAAUAAUUAUCGUUUAAAAAAUUUGGGAGAAAAUAAAAACAUUUUUAUAUAUAAUAAAAUAGUUGAAGAGUUAGUUGAGAAAAUUAUACUUUUGGCAAAUAACUUGUCUUUAUUUAGAAAAAAAUAUAAUAAAUAUGUUAAAAAAAAAAAAAAAAAAAAAAAUGAAAAAGAAGAGAAUCCUAAUAAAAAUAUAUAUAUAAAUCUCUUAAAUGCAUCUGAUAGUUUUUUUUUAAAUUCCAGUUUUUUUGAAAUUUUUAGAGAUUAUGAAGAAUUAGUGAAUACUUUAUUGGAUUUAUGCAAUAAUAGAGCAGAUAUAUAUAUUGAAUUUCUGUAUAUUUUAUUAAUUAAUAGUGAACUUUUUAAUAAUUUUCUUUUUAUUUGUACAUUUACAAGUGGUGAUAAAAAUGACAUUUUUCUUUUUCUAAUUUAUAAGAAUUUCUUAAUUUUAAUUGAAUAUUACUAUUAUUUUAAUAAUUGUUCAUACUUCAAUGAUUUAUAUUAUAAAUUAAAAAAUAUUUAUGAUAAUAAUAAUAAAAAUUAUAAAAAAGAUAUAAUAAAGUUAAGACAACAGAAAAAUAUAUUUUCCUUUUUAGAUAAAGAUAAAAAAAUAUACCAAAAAAGUAUUAAAUUAUUAAAGAAUAACAACAUAAAUUUUUUAUAUAAUUAUUCAAGUGAAUAUAGCGAUUUUUCAAAGAAGAGACCUGGUAGAAGAUAUAUGUUAAAAAAAAUUAAUGAUACAGAACUAGAAGAUGAAGGAAAAAAAAAUAAUGAAAUAAAAUAUAAUGGGAACGUUGUCAAUAAUCUAAAUAUAAAAAAUAAUAAAUUUCUUUUCAUAAGCUCAGAAAAAUCAACUAGUAACAGUAACAAAAAUUUCUCUAUGAAAAAUACAAGUAAAUAUGAUUUAUAUUAUGCAAAAAAAAAAGAACAAAUGAUAAAGAAAAGCAAACCUAGAACAAUUCUAAAUAAAAUUUUUUCUAAUUUUUCAGAUAGUCAAACAAAUUUAACAAAUUUACGUAAAAAUAAUAUAUACACAAAAAAUAGAAAUAAUUCAAAUGAUGCUACUGAUAAUAAAAGCUCUUAUUUUCAUCAAGAAUCCUCAUCAAAUAUAAAUUUUAAUAUAAACAAUUUCUAUCAAUUAAAAAAUAUGAUCAGAACAUUCAAAAAGUUGAAAUAUGAGCAUUUGUAUAUAUUAUUUUAUUUUUCUUUAUCUAUAUUAUCAUCUCUUUUUCAUAUUUAUUUAACACGAAUAAUGAACAAUAGGAAAAAUGAUCUUGAUAUUAGUCAUUAUUUGAUGUAUGUAUCAAAAGAAAUAAAAUUUCAUACAUUAAUUUAUAUAAAAUAUAAUAAAAAUAUACCAAAAGAAAAAGAAAUAUAUUCAAUAAAAAGCGAUCAAAAAAUAAUAAUUGAAAAAAAAGAAAGAACUAAUGAAAUAGAUUUCACACAAAUAUUUGACGAUAUCCAUACAGAAUAUAUUAAUAAAGAAUCUCUUUUUAAAGAAGAAAUUAAAAAGAAUGAAAUAAAUGCUAAGGAAAAUAUUGUAAAUAUACAAGAAAAUAAAAAUCUAUGUAUAGAAGAAUAUACAAAUAAUUACUAUGAAAUAGAAAAGAAAAAAAAAAAAAAAAAAAAGGAAUACGAUUUUUUAUAUGAAAAUAAUGAAGACCUUUGGCAAUUUAUUAAUAAUUUUAACAUUAAAGAUAAGUUAGAUAAACUUACAAAUGUAAAUGAUUCAAAAAAAGAUUAUACAUCAGAUAUCAAAAAGAAAUUAAAUCUUCUACAUGUGUUUCAAAUUGAAAAUGAUUUAAAAAAAUUAAACUUUAAAAUAAUGAAAAAGAAAGAAGAAGAUUUCUUAGAAUCCAAUAUUUUAAAUGUUCCCAUAGAAACUUCGGAUAUUUUAAAGAUAAGAAAGACAAAUAUAAAGAAUAAUUCUCAGAAAAUAAGAAAUGAAAAAUUGAGUGAAAGAAAGACAAAAGAUGAAAUAAAUGAUAUUAAAGAAAAUUUUACAAAGCUGUUAGAAAAUAAUUUGGAAAUGGAAAACAUUUAUUUAUAUUAUAAAAAAAUAAGUAAAAAUGAAUUAUUAAAUUAUGUAGGUUUUCAAAAUUUAAUUAAAAGCGUAAGCAUUAUAUGCAAUGAUAAAUUUUGUUCUUUUUAUAUGAAUAAUAUAGAUAUAAAAAAUUCAAUUGAAAAAGAUCACUGUACUUUAAAUAUUGCUGAAAAUACUUGUAAAUUGAACAAAAAAAAGGAAGAAUCAGAUACAAUUGACAAUAUUCAUAUUUCAAGUUUAAAUAUAGAUAAUACAUUAAUACAUAAUGAAUAUAUAAAAAAAAAAAUUAAGAAAAAUAAAUUAUAUACAUAUAAGCUAUUUAAUAACCAAAUUGAGACACUACUAAAUUCAAGAGAAUUAAUUGAGUUCAUAAAGAAACAAAAAGAAGCCAAAAGAAAAAAGAAGACUUUUCAAAGAAACAAAAAAAAGGAUAAUUUUAUUUAUUCGCAAUAUCAGAAUAGUUAUAAUUUAGUAAAUAAUGAAAGAAAAAAAUAUGAUGAUAUAUUUAAAUUUAUUGAAAACAAAAAUAAUAAUUCAAAUAUAAUAGAAAGUGAUUGCCAGUCAUAUAAAAAUAGUGAUUCUAGCGAUAAUUUAACAUUAUAUAAUUAUACAAAAAAUUAUUAUUCUGAAAAUACCUUUAAUUUAGAUUAUUUUGUUUUUUUCAUUGUUAAUGUAUUUUAUAUAUUUCUUCAUCUUCACAAUAUUUAUUUUUCCUCAACAUAUUUAAAUAUUUUUUUAUCAUUCUCUAUUAAAUUAGUUUAUAAAUAUAGUAAUAAGUUUCAAAAUUUGAAAUUAUUAUAUCAAAAAGACAAACCUUUUAAUGAGCAUACUUUUGAUAAAGUUAAUUAUGUAGAAAGAGAAAGGGACUUAUCAAAAAUAAAUGAAGAUACUUUAGAUAAAAAAAUGUUAGAAAUCCCUUUAAAACAAAAAAACAUAAAAGUAGAAAAAAGCAUUGUUGGUUUUAAAAAAAAAAGUACAAAUUUUAAAGUAAGCAGAAGUUAUAACAAUAAAAAAUAUGAAAAUUAUAAUAUUGAAAAAUCAGUAUAUAAUAAUGAAGGUGAAAGAAUAAAAGAAUUAGGAGAGUUAUUAAUAAAAAAAAAAAAAUUCAAAAAUAAAAAAAAAUUAAGAAGUAAUAUAUUUUUUAAUAAGAAAAAUAAUGAUUUUUUACCAAAUACUUUUGACAUAAUAAUUAAUACCUUUUUUGAUCUAUGUAUUUCUUUAUGUAGUAUUGAUUUUAAAUAUAUUAGUUGUAAAAAAAAAAAAUUUAAUAGAAUGUAUAUUUGUGAUAGCAUUUUUUUUUAUCAUCACUUAAUAAAUAAAAGAUAUAGUUAUAAUUCAAUGAAUAAAUUUAAUAUCUCAAACUACUACAAUUCGGUUGAAUCAUAUUUAUUUUAUUUUGAUGAAUUAAGAAAUGAUGAAACGUUUGCAAGUAAAUUUACAGAAAACAAUCAUUUUAAUAAUAAACUUAACAGUAAUAUAAAAAAUAUUAACACAAAAAAAAAGGUCUUCAAUGAUAAUAAAUAUAUUGAAAGUUAUUAUAAUCAAAAUAAUAGCUUAUCAACAAAUAGUAGCUCUUAUUUAUUUAAAGAUGAAUAUAUAAAAAAAAAUAUAUUCUCCAAGAAAAAAAAAAAAAAAAGAAAAGAAGGAGAAUUAAAGAAUGUAAACCAACUAUUAUGUUUAAAAUCUAUUGGUACUAAAGAGAAACUAUUUAAUAAAAAUCAUUUAGAAAAUAAACAUAAUAAAAAGACAAGAAAAUUAUAUGUUGACUCUAUUUUUGCUAAUGUUAAUAAUAAAAGUUGUAAUUAUGAAAAAGGAAAUUAUUUAGAAAGAGAAGAUAAUUCUAAUAUUAUAAGAAAUUUUGAAUUCUCCAGUAGUAGUGAUAAAAGUUUUUUAUUUUUAAAAAAAAUGAAAAAUAAAAUAAAAAAUAGAAUUUAUUUAGAUGAAAAUAAUUUGAUAAAUAUUUUAAUAAAUAUUGGGUGCAUAUUUAUGAAUAAUAUUAAAUAUAAUAUUGGAAUUAUAUUAAAAUAUUUUUAUAAAAUGGAUGAAUAUGAUGUAUUAGAUGAUAGAAAAAAAUUUUACAAUUAUAUGAAAGGAAUCUUUUAUAGUAAGAAUUCCUUUUUUUCAAAUAUUUAUAGUCAAUAUUUUCUUUCUUUUUUUUUUUUUUUUAAAAUACAUUAUCUCUUUUUUUUAAUUAAGUAUAAAUGUGAGAGUGAAAUAUAUUUAAAAGCUUACUGGUUUCUUUAUGCUGUUUAUAAUAUUACUCAAAGUUGA